AUGGUCGAUGACAAGCUCACGUUUGGGAGCCACAUCGACUACGCCUGCAAGAAAGCUGCCACGACUAUAGCGGCAUUAUCGCGCAUGAUGUCUAAUAGCUCAGCGGUAUUUAGCAGCAGACGUAAGCUGCUAGCUAGCGUGGCAACGUCCAUACUCAGGUAUGGCGGUCCCGUGUGGUCGGAAGCGUUGGGUACUUCCAGUUACCGCGAUAAACUGGAAAGCACGUACAGGCUCAUGUGCCUGAGGGUCGCAUGCGUGUAUCGAACCGUGUCAUACGAGGCAAUAUGCGUCCUGGCUGGCAUGAUGCCUAUCAGCAUCAUUGUCAAAGAGGACGAAGAGUGCUUCGACCAACGUGACACGAGAGGUAUACGAACCGCCAGAAGGUCAACUUCGAUGACCAGGUGGCAGCGGGAAUGGUCCAAUUCUACCAAAGUUAGAUGGACAUACCGACUCAUUCCGGAUAUAGCCGGAUGGAUCGAGAGGCGCCAUGGGUAA